AUGCCGAAGGCUCCUGCAAUCAACGGCAUCCGUGCCGCGUUUUUAAAGCGCUUUCUACCUCUGCUGCUAGCUAUCGACAACCGUCCUAACUCGAAAGGACAAGCCGCCAACGACGAACGACACGACUUCUACGAUCGUGUAACGCGCGCUCUGGUGCUUUGUUUUGGUCAAUCUGAUCCGCUGCAUAACGACACACCAGGGGAUCUCUUUGACGUUACCUACGAUGAGAUCCCUGCCGCAAACGCCAUGCCUCCAUUGACCGAAGAAGAGGCGGAGAAAAGGGACGCCGUGAUAGCUGAUUUGACGAACACAGUACACACUUGGUACAAAAAUAGGCGUACCGAGGCGAACAGCGCCAAAGGCGUCGCCAAGCUUACGAACCGCCAGGUCGAACGCGUUGUCGCGGCACACGCGCGAGUACCGCAGGCUCCUAAAGAGCUCGAUAUAUAUCAAAAGUACUUCAAGGAUCAGUAUAUCGACGCUUUCAACACUUCGUGGGCGGAUCGACUGGAUUCCGUACGCGACGACGCCAAGGCUCUGUUGCGCAUGCGCAAGCGCAAGUCUGGACAAGAGCGCGUCUUCGCUUCGGGACGCUGGUUGGAGGAGGACGAAUCAGUCAAGGCCGAUGUGCGUGCGAAGUGCAAGGAGGUACACGACGAUGAGCUCAAGAGUUAUCGUGCUUUGUGGGGCUGUCCGCACGACGCUUUACCGAACUCACGCAUGUGGGCAAUUCCAGAGGCGGGAGCAUUCUUCGCGAGUCUCCUGCACUGGGCUGCAUCACGCUUUGGCGUCGCGUUGGCGCUCACGAUUGCGGGCCCUACCGAUAGUGGGGAGCCAGAAGCUAAUAGUAUUUACGCUGCGGGCCACUCCGUGGAUGGCGCGCCCGAGCUGGCGAUUUUCGCCGACGCGAGCUUCAAAACCGGUAGAAUCCGUUUGAAGCAGUAUGCGCGCGACUUCUUGACCGGGGAAGUCCCUGUUCCCGAUACUGCAGAGCCAGAGGAUGGCUCUGCAGCUGAGGAGGGCGCUGACAAAGACGGUGUUGGUGCACACGUCAAGGUUGCUGUGCUAAAGCAGGGCGGGAAGCGGGUGGGGGAGGACGAGGACGGGGACGGGGACGAGGACGAGGACGAGGAGGAGGAGGAGGAGGAGGAGGCGGUGGUGGAUGAUGUUGACGAUGGGAAGGGUGCUGGGGAGCAUGUAACCCGGGCGAGCAAGACGCCGAAAGCGGGACCCGCGCAGAUCUCACAUGCACAAGAAGAAGAUCAUCUCGAGCCUCCCGAGCAACCCACAACCGUUCGUGAUCGGAGGCGCCCUGUCACGUCUGCAGGCCGCAAUGACGGGGAGAAUACGCGCUCGCGAACGUACGAACCUCGUACCGGAACACAGUCAACCACGCCGCGCCGGCCCCAUAGCCCACUGCUGCGCGCUGGAACCCAUUCGGGACGCAUGGCAGAGAACGAUGGUGCCGAGCUCGGGCGCGGUCCGGGUAGCCGGGUGGAGCGUACUCCGUUCAAACGCCGCCCUCGCGCACCAUCCCGCGCGCGAACGCCAUCUGAAGGUGGCGUCGGGGACGUCGACCUCGACUUCGACUUUGGUCUCGACCCUGAUUUCGAUAUUGAUACCAACUUCGUCCGCGGCGUCGCCGAAGAGGACCAAGACGAGUACGACGACGCGCCCGCGUCAAUGCGGGGUCUCAGUCCAUCGUUCAGCAGCGCAUACGAGGCCGGGGGGAGCGAUUUGGAUACCGCAUUCGCAAAUCUGCUCAGCGACGACGAUGAAGCUACGUGGGCACCAUCACACUACGCAGCGUCGAGGCGCCGGGCUGCAAGUGCCCGCAGUGGCUCCCCAGAGACGACGAGCUCCGCGUAUGCCGUCGAACGCCUACUCCCCGAACGCAAACAAGUUACUCGAACGCAGAGCGCCGAGGAGGUGGGCGCUGCCGCAGAGGACGAGUCGCUACUCGCCGAUUCAAUGUUGUCAGGCGUCUUCUCUGAUCGUCGGCAAAAGAAGACGGUGGCGAAGUCGACGCGGGUUGACCGUAUUGGAGGAAUCUCACGCAUGCGAGCUGGUGCGAGCCGCAAGAAGGAGGCGGGUAUCGCCAGCGCCACUCCCAAUCAUGAUCAGGAGGAUGCGGCAACGAGUAACGGGAGCCAGGGAAGACAGGCAGGGACAGGAGGGAAAGCGAAAAGGAGCAAGAAAUCCGGAGAGAGUACGAGUAUCGCUGGCAAGGUGACUGCCUUGAUGCGUGCUCGAGAGUCCGAUCGUGCGCCGGAAACGGGAGGCGGCAGACGUAGGCACCGCCCAAUGCAAGUGCGGUCACCCUCGCCGGCGGAUGAGGAUGUCGAAAUGGAUACGGUCGUAGCGCCGGCUGCGGGAGCAAGUGAAGGGGCACAGGCGGAGGCCGAUGUGAGCGCGGAUGAUAUCCUGAUGCAGGGUUGGUUGCGCGACCACCUCACGACACCACCGAAGGACGUCAAAGGCGCGUGGAAGACGUACGUAUCGGCUCCGGCGGGAGCUAUGUCCAAGCGCCACAAGGUCGUCGAGGUCAUCACUGCGUUGCCGAGCGCUGCGCGCGUCGUCUACGCGGACCUUGUGGAUAGCAUGGAGGAUUUAUUGAAGUGCGAUGACUCAUGGGAUGGCGAGGGCGGUGGUCACCUCGAUAAAGCGCGGCGUCCGCGUCCGGUAACCUCGAUGAUCAAGGGUCGUGGGCGCUUGUUGAGCGAAAAGGACGUGGGAGGGGAGUGGGGAAAGAGCGUGCGGGAUUGGUGGCUGAGCCUGCAGCCCCCCGACAGAGGCACCGACGUCUCAAUCGCCGAGUUGGCGGAGCCCACGGAGGAUAUGGAGUGGGGAUGCCUUAAGGAGGCGUGCGGGUACAAGGGCCCAUUCUUGCUGGUCUGGUGCAUGAUGCAUUGGGUGAAGUUCGACGGCGAUUUGAGCGAGUGGCAGGACGUGGCGGAGGAUAUGACACGCGUCUAUCGGGUGUUGCAAGACAAGCGCGUCUCUGCUUCGACCGUUGGAAGCCGCAAGCGGCGCGCUGUGGAUGAUGGAGAUGGUGACGGGCGGCAGACGAAGAGUGCAAAGCGGUCGAACAAUCCGCGGGCGGGCCGGCGGUAA